AGCCGCGCUCCCUGGUGGUCGUGAAAUUUCUUCCCCUCCUUCGUAGCUUCUGCCCUGAAACCGGAGACCGUGCGUGCCAUUUUAGUACUAGUACCACUAGAAGUAUUUUAUCACUACUCCGCAGGCUUCUACGGCCGGCCCCCACCCCGCGCUCGCGGCUACCUUCUUCCAGGCUUCACCGCGACGGGGCGAGGGCGAAGCCGAAGCGAAGCAACGAAUAUAUCGCUGAGGGGUGAGCAACUAGCGAUAGAAUAUUUCGAGGGGGGAGUACAGUACCGUGCAAUUGGAUGGAUCUAUUCUAGAAUAGUGGGGGGAUUUUUAAUAGCUUCGCCCGCGGAUUAGCUAGCUGUGUGUGCUGGAUUGGAUCGAGGAGAGGAGGAGGAAGAAGAAGACCUCCAGUUCUCGAAACCCUCGCCGAGCCUUGAAUAGCCUCGCGACUCGCCAGAUGCCCAGUCGUGGCACCCCAUGUCGCGCAUGAAGCACCUGCUCCGCAAGCUCCACCUCUCCGGCGCCGGCGCUGGCACCGCGGCGGCCCCGUCCUCCGACCACCACCGCCCGCGGCAACGGCGCCCGGCCCAUUCGCCUCUGCCGCCGCCGCCACCGGUCGUGGCCGCGGCUGUGGCCGAGCCUCCGCAACCGGCCCCGGCGGCCGCGGCCGUGGCGGUGCCCGAGGCGACGGGGAUGGGGGCGGAGACGUCGUUGACGCGGCUGGAGGAGGAGUACCACGUGCGGCUCGCCCUCGCCAUCUCCGCCUCGGAUCCCGCGGGGCUCGUCGACCCGGACUCCGUCCAGAUGCGCGCGGCCGAGCGCAUCAGCCUGGGCGGCCCCGCGGCCGCGCCCGGGGACCGGACCACCAUGGAAGCCCUCUCCGCCCGCUACUGGAACCACAACGUCGUCAACUACGACGAGAAGCUCUGGGACGGCUUCUACGACGUGUGCGGCGCUCCCUUGGAUCCGGGCUUCCAGGUCAAAUUCCCGUCCUUCAGCAGCCUCAGGGCGGUCCCUGUAGGGCGAGAUGUUGCUUAUGUGGCCAUUUUGGUGAACCGGGAGCGUGAUCCCGUGUUGAAGCGACUCGAGGGGCAGGUUAUGGCGAUCGCUGCACAAAGUAGGGCGAAACGUGGUGGAGUCGCCUCAGCUGAGCUUGUGCAGGAGAUUGCAACCCUAGUAGUUGAUGCCAUGGGUGGUCCGGUGGAGGAUGCUGACAGGAUGAACAGGGAAUGGAACAAAAAGAGCCGCGACCUCUGUGCUGAGCUAAACAGUAUUGCCCUUCCUCUUGGUUCACUUCGCAUUGGGCUCUCGCGCCACAGAUCUCUGCUUUUCAAGGUUCCUCUGAGCAAGGAAAACAACUGGUCGAAUUGGUUUCAGGUACUAGCUGACCGAGUUAAUCUGCCAUGCAAGCUUGUCAAAGGAAUAUGCUAUACUGGAACAGAUGAAGGAGCUAUUAACUUUGUUAAAAUUGACUUUGACAGUGCUGAAUAUAUUGUUGACUUGAUGGGAGCUCCAGGCACGUUAAUCCCUUCAGAGAUUUCUGCCAGUCAAUUUCAGGAUUCCAACAACAGUCAACUAAGCAGUGAUGCCAUUGAAGAGAGUGUCGCAGAACUAUGCAUAGCUCUUGAGCAGGUUAAUGGUGUAUAUGAGAGCAGAAAUGAAACUGGCGGAAAUUCAUCUGAUCGCAGCUCUGUCCUUGGGCUUACAAGUCCACAUUUGGAAGAUAGAUCUCACACAGAGAACCCACUUAAACAACACACUAUCUCUGGUGAUGGCCGAUCCGAUGAUACUUCUCAGCAAAUGAAAGUGCAUGACACCUCCAGGUAUUCAGUGCCUGAAGGAGUGGACCCGCAGUUCACACAAAAUUUGCAUGACUUGCUCCUGGAAGGUGGUGCUUUGCUACCGACUGGUUUAUUAUCUGGUCAAAAUAGUCAUGACACCAGUAACACAAUGGAAAUGAGUAAAACCACCUCUCUUGAAGAUCAAGAUACCGCUGGAUGGUUGCUAGUUGCUCAAACAAGUCAGAGUUUACCGAAAGGUUCUGCAACUGAAUAUUCUUCGUUGGCAUCUUAUGAAGAUGUUCAAUACCCUGUAGAAAAUACAGAAGCAAUUGUCAGAAAUUUAGAUGCUAUUUCCAGUGAGGGCCAAAGGUUUGGUGAAGAUUCAUUGGUAAACAUAUCAAGAAGUAGCAGCGCGAAUUUGGACAAGUUGAGCUGUUCUAGUAUAAAAACAAUAAGUUCUGUUAUGGAUGAUGUGGCUGAAUAUGAAAUACCUUGGGAAGAUCUUCAAAUUGGAGAGCGCAUUGGUCUUGGCUCAUAUGGGGAAGUAUAUCAUGCAGAUUGGAAUGGCACGGAGGUUGCGGUGAAGAAAUUUCUUGACCAGGAUCUAUCAGGUGUUGCACUAGAGCAAUUCAAAUGUGAAGUGAGGAUCAUGUCAAGGCUAAGACAUCCCAAUGUAGUUCUCUUCCUGGGAUAUGUGACGCAACCUCCAAAUCUGUCUAUAUUAACUGAAUACCUCCCAAGAGGGAGCCUAUUUCGCCUAUUGCAUCGUCCAAAUAGCAAAGUUGAUGAAACACGAAGGCUAAAAAUGGCACUUGAUGUGGCAAAAGGCAUGAAUUACUUACAUGCUAGCCAUCCUACUAUUGUACAUCGUGAUUUGAAAUCCCCAAAUCUUUUAGUGGAUAAAAAUUGGGUUGUUAAGGUGUCAGAUUUUGGGAUGUCAAGAUUGAAGCAUCACACUUUCCUUUCCUCUAAGUCCACAGCUGGAACACCAGAGUGGAUGGCACCAGAGGUCCUGCGGAAUGAGCCAGCCAACGAGAUGUGUGAUGUCUACAGUUUUGGAGUAAUCCUAUGGGAAUUAGCAACUAUGCGUGUACCCUGGAGCGGUCUGAAUCCAAUGCAGGUCGUGGGAGCAGUUGGGUUUCAGAACAGACGACUAGACAUUCCCAAAGAAGUCGACCCAGUGGUGGCUAGCAUAAUAUUAUCGUGUUGGGACAAUGAUCCAAGCAAACGACCAUCGUUCUCCCAGCUCUUGUCACCACUAAAGCAACUACAGCGAUUAGUUAUUGCAGAAAGCUUCUGACCGAGAUAUAUCUCAGCACAAAAGAAAAAAAAGAAGAAAGUUACAAGUAUUUACGCUGCUCUAUGGACCAAGUUUUUCAUGUUGAAGCCUGUGGAGAUGCAUCCAAGAUUCUCUGCACCAUGGAUGCGUAUGGACAAAGGUUCUGCGCAUCCUUUUGUGAAAAUGUGAGAACUCUCUGAAGCCGUGCAAAGGUACUGCUGAAGAAAUCGUAGUGUAUUAGUUCCAAAUGAAGAAAUUGUGGUGCAACACAAAGUGCUCUGUGCCAUGGUAAAUAAUUGUUCAGUUCUGGAUUUCGAACAGUGGAGGUGAUUCUGAGAAUCAGAAUUUACCACAAAAAGAUAGGAUGUUGAUUUUGUCGGUUGAAAACUGAAAAAGGAAAGAAAAUGAAAAGUUUCUGGCGUCUGCAAAAAGUUGCGGCCCAAUUCUUGUAUUCUAUACAGGCUUUGCUUGGCAUCUCUGUGAACAUGCAUCUUAACGAUUUUGGCUUUUUCUUGAGGAUAAAAUCCACCCUCUUU